AUGGCAACCACCUCUCAAUUCUGUUUUCAUGGCAAUAAUAUCUCAGCUCUCACAAUCACAUGGUUUGCACUACCCAUGUCAAAGAAAAGCAACGACAAUGAUUCAGUGCCCUGUUUUAUGCUCACAGUUCUGCCUCGCCUGGGAACUUAUGGAAACAAUAGUGAUAGCGCUCGUCUUAAUCUUCUAUAUGCUAACGGUGAGGACUAUUGUGAGGUUUUGAAGGAAGUUAAGAAGUUGAGUAUUGAAUUAGAUUCUGUAGGCUGGUUUUUGACAGAUUUUGUAGCAACAAAGGUGCAGGUUUUUUUGUCUUAUGGGCUGAAUUUUGGACUGUCUUUCCAGGGCAGAUUAGGACAGCAACAUGGCAUGGUUUUUGUUCAUAUCUGGCAGCAACAACAAGGCUGUUUUUUGGUGCAAGCUGGAGUAUGA